AUGAAGGAGAGACGGGAGAAAAGAGAAAAGGAGAAAAGGCGCCUGACUGCCAUCAACGCCGAAAUAUCUCUGCUGGAGAAGGAGAAAGAGAUGAACUCAAACGCCAUGAUAGAGAUAGAGAACACGAAAGAGAUACAGAAAAGAGCAAGAAUUAAAAAAAAGAGCGAAGAGAAAAUGAGAAUUUUGAAGACAAUGAAAAAGAAGAGAGGAUUGGCGUGCCAGAUGAGCUGCGGAGUGGUGAGCCAGGCGCGGAUUAAAUCGCUCAACCAGCUGGUGUAUGAGAUGACCAACCUGCCACUGGACUAUGUGCUGAGCCAGUCGAGCAAAAUGGUGCUGACAGAGGAGUGGAACCUUUCCAUGGCGGAGAGAGAGUGCGUCAGAAAGUUCAGCAAAGUAAAAGAGCUCAUAAGCAACAAAAUGUUUUUGGAGGAGAAAAACGCAAAUUUGUUCACGGGAGUGGAGCUGAAAAGACGGGAAAUACUGAAAAGAACAAAAGAGCAGAAGAGCAGAAUAAAGAACAUGGCAGACAUACUGGCAGGAAAGCUAGAGAGCGAUGCUGUGGAAGAGAGUUUAGGCGCAGGUGCACUGGAUAGCACCAAAGACAAAGAAACAGCUGCAGAAGAGUCAGAUCUUGAAGAAGAGAAAGAGGAAAGAGAGAGCGAGGAGAAAAAGAGCGGGCACAGUAACCACAUGCUGGCUGACAGAUACAAAUCCAUUCUCGGUCUUUUCUCUCUUAUGAAGUCGAAUAAGAGCAAUGUUCGAUACGUUGUCCCGCAGAGCAAAAAAAAUACCAUCAUGCACUCAUCGCACUCCACGUGUCUGGAGAAGAUAAAAACAGAGCCGGGAAAGAUAACGACCAUUCCAGAGCUUGUUAAGUAUCGACUGUGCAGGAGGAAUAUGAUCGAAGGAGACAAGAGCCUCGCUAUGAACAAUGCCAUCAAGGGGGGAAAGCAGGCGUCUUCAUCAGCUGAAACAGAGAAGAGCGAAGGAGCGCCUCUUGAGACAGACAGCAACUCAGUUGACGAUGUGGUAAUAUAG